GUUGUUUUGCUUUGGCUUACCUAAGUUCAGUUCUAAUGCAUUGAAUCAAGCUGAUCCUCAACCUUGGUCAGACAAACAUCAAAAAUUCUCUCCAAUGGAUAUUUACACGUAUCAAUUACCAAAUCCAACGUGGGAGUGGGUUCAUAAAGAAUGGAUGGUGGAUAUGUCCGGCGACGUGGAUGAAGAGGGGUGGGAGUAUGCACCCGAUUUCCAUUUGUCCUGUUGGCACGGUUGCUAUCAACCAUUCUGUUCAUUUGUUCGUCGAAGGCGUUGGGUACGAUUGCGUCGUCAGAAG